AUGGAGAAGAAGGGAUCACAAAGAGAUGGGACUUUGUUGCAGCAUCCACUUCUCCUUCUACUUGCUUUAGCUAUAGGUUUUGUUAUAAUGGAUCCGUUUAAAAUGGGACCAUUAGGAGACCAUGAUUUCAAGCCUGUGAAGCACGACCUUGCACCUUACAAGCAAGUCAUGGAAAACUGGCCUAGAGACAACCGAAGCCGAUUAGGGUCCGGGAAUUUGGAGUUCGUUGACGAAGUUUUCGGUCCUGAAUCAUUGGAGUUCGACAGCCUGGGGCGAGGCCCUUAUGCUGGGUUGGCCGAUGGACGUGUUGUGAGAUGGAUGGGAGAGGAUGUUGGAUGGGAAACAUUUGCUCUUGUUACCACAAACUGGUCAGAGAAACUUUGUGCUAGAGGAGUGGACUCAACCACAUCUAAGCAAUGGAAGCAUGAGAAGCUGUGUGGUCGUCCAUUAGGUCUAAGGUUCCACGAAGAGACUGGAAAUUUGUACAUUGCUGAUGCUUAUUAUGGCCUUCUGGUGGUUGGACCUGAAGGAGGAAUUGCUACUCCUUUGGCCACUCAUGUGGGAGGAGAUCCAAUACUCUUUGCAAAUGACCUUGACAUUCACAGGAAUGGAUCCAUCUUUUUUACUGACACCAGCAGAAGAUAUGACAGAGCGGACCAUUUUUUCAUAUUGUUGGAAGGAGAAUCCACUGGUAGGCUUCUCAGAUAUGACCCUCCUACCAAAACAACUCAUGUAGUAUUGGAUGGCUUAGCAUUUCCAAAUGGAGUUCAGCUAUCUAAGGACCAAACUUUCCUCUUCUUCACUGAGACUACCAAUUGCAGAAUAAUGAAAUACUGGCUGGAAGGACCGAAAACCGGAAGGGUGGAACUUGUUGCGAACCUGCCUGGAUUUCCAGACAAUGUAAGACUCAAUGAAAAAGGCCAAUUCUGGGUUGCGAUUGAUUGUUGCAGAACAGCAGCACAAGAUGUUCUUACACGCAAUCCAUGGUUGAAAAGUGUGUAUUUCCGGUUACCAAUCCAAAUGAGGUACUUAGCCAGGCUGAUGGGCAUGAAGAUGUACACAGUUGUUUCCCUCUUUGAUGAGAAUGGAGAAAUCUUGGAAGUUCUUGAGGAUCCAGAGGGUGUAGUGAUGAAGCUAGUGAGUGAAGUUAGGGAAGUAGAAGGGAAGCUGUGGAUUGGAACUGUGGUUCAUAACCAUAUUGCUACCCUUCCUUAUCCUUAG